CAGGCGGCCGAAGCCGAGCGACGUAACGGAGCGAGCGAGGCGAAGCGUAUCCGGCGUGUCAUUGUCGUUGACAGCGAUUAAACCACCAUUGGAUAUUAACCCGUAUAAGCUACCUCGCCUCGAGAGUUCCGAACCAGCGGCGGCGUCUUCUUGGAACCGGAACGGGAAAGUUGGAAGGGGAGGUGGAAGAAGAGAGCGAUUAACGGAGCGGAGCACGAGCGUGUUCUCCUGUCCUGCGCAUUUAACGGUUUCGCGAGUCUCGAAGAUGCCGCAGCAGCCUCGCGAACGACCGAUUUAGCUUGCGCUCGGUGGACGCGGCGCGCGGAGGAAACGGCUGCGUCAGGCUGUGCGCGACAAGUGCGCUCCACCGCGAUCCGGAUGCGACUCGGAAGAGGCACUCGGCCAGGAAGCAAGCCCGCUCAACCGGGAAGAGAGGCCCCCACAUUGACAGGCCCACACGACACGCGAAGAGGACACGGCAAAUCGUCGUCACGUCGCAAAUCCGCGACAAACGCCAGAAUUUAUGCCGUAAGCUGCAGAACUACAGAGGAAGAUAUCGUUAUGGAUACGAUUUCUAGACGUGAAAGUAGUAAAAAUACAAAGACAUGUUUCAAAAGUCUGGAAGAUGAUCUAAAACACAUCAGAUUGGAAGAUAAUAACAAGAUUAAAGAAGUCUUUCCAUGGUUACCAAAAUUCAAUGAAGAUUUACAUUCAUGCGCAGGAAGUAGAAAUUAUCAACAUCUCGAACGUUUACUUUCGUUCUACACCCAGAAUAUUCUUUCUAGCAUAGCAGAAAAGCGCACUGUCAAAUUUAGAGAUGAAAUUAAUUUGACGAAAAAUCAUAUUAAUAAAAUGUUAAUAUUCUUUCAUUUGUAUUGGCUUGAUAUAAAACAGGAGAUAGCUGAUCAUACCCAAUAUUUAAAUAAAAUAUCAGCUUUGUUAAAUGUGUAUAUAGACAUGGAGUUGAAAAUUUCCAUGGAAGAAAGAACUUCUAGUCACGAUUCUUCUAAAAUUGCUGCAAAGAUUCUUGCAGCACUGUACAUAUACUUAAAUAACUCGGAAGAGCAUAUUUUCAGGGUAUUACUUAGAAUUAAACACACGACAGAAAAAUAUACAAAAGUCUGCAAUCAUAUAUUUACGAAGAGCUUUACUAAUCUCAAAACAAAGACGACGUCUAUAACCGAUGUAGCUUAUGUAAGAUAUUUGCUCGCCUUUAAAAUGUGGAGAAAAAUGGAAGAAACAACAAAGAAGAAUUUAAUUCUCAAGAAGAAGUUAAUUCUUUCCGACAAAAAGGAAAGAAUCAAUAAAUUAGCUCUAAUGCUGCUAGGACCGCGUAUGCCGAAAUUGCAAGACGAAUUAUUGAAAUUUGUGCCUAGACCACCUAUGGGUCAAGAAAAUGAAACACUAUGGCUAAUACAAUCAAAUCUAUUUGAUAAAAAACAAGUUCAUAAACAAUUCUUAUUAUUCGAAGACAAAAUGGAGAACUCUACAGAUUUAAAAUGUACCAAAACAAUUCAUGCUGAUCAGAAUUGUUCAAAGUCUCAGAAACAUCAGACGGAUUCGUUAUUUCAUCGGAGCAACUCUAAUAUAGAUACAUCUGAACAGAAAAUAAAUAAAUGCUUAAAUGGUUUGCGAAACAAUAAUACGCUACCAAAUAAAUCUUUGGAUCAAACUUAUCUACAGAAAAAGGGAUCAAAAAGUCUUAAAUUGAAAAAAAGAAGAAAAAAAUCAAGAGAAACUAUAUUAAUUGAUUUAACUGGGGAUGAUGAAAAAACUAUUCCCUACGUAAUAGAAAGAAAAAGAACUAAACGAAAUUCGAAAUGUUUGAAACUCACGGAAAACAUAAAAAGCAAAAAGCAUAUGAAUUCUUCAAAAUAUUCAGACACGCUCGUGAAUGUCAAUAUUAAAGAAUGUCCUAACGAAAACAACAAAGGAUUUAGAGAAAAUGUUCAUUUAGAGUAUAAACCUGCUUAUGAAAUUAGUGACAGUACAGAGGAUUGUAUUUCAGUUAGUAGCAGGUCUUCUUUACAUGAUUCCUGACAUAAACCAAAUUUUCAAUUUCAAAAUAAUGAUCAUCUAAACGUAAUAAAGAAUCAGACGAGUAAUAUCUGUCCAGAGUUUGCGAAAGAGGAUGAGAAAUACGAUUACAACUUGCAUUAUUUGAAAUCACCGAUGUUUGUCGAUCAGAAUACUAAUGAAUUAAAAGCAAAUGUGUGGGAAUCGAAAAAAGUAGAAAAUGUAACUAGUUCUUAUGACAAUUCAAUAACACAAAAUAAGGAUGCAUUAACAUCUCAGGAAGAAAGUGCCACGGAGACAAUAUCUUUAUUCAAGACGUGCCAAAAUGAUAUUGCAGAUCAGCAUUCUUUUAAGCAGGAAUUACCAACGAGCAUGAAUUGUGCGAUGCAGAACAAGUGUUGCAAUACAAUGCACGAUAUUGACUUUAAGAUAAUAAGUAAUUUAAAGUCUCUAACUGAUCAUAGUUCACAAAUUACAGAAAUGAUAAAGCAGAAAGUAUGUCAAGUUAAUAAAUGUCCAAAUUGUUAUACAAAAAUUGAUUGUAAAUCAUUAUUUACUGACAUUACCGCGGCAAAAACACAAGAGAGUCUGCAUAAUACAUUUAAUGACAAUGAAAAGGAUAUCAAAUUAGCUUGCGAUAUGAAUAUAAUGUACACAGUAAGAAAUGACGGUAGUAAAUGUGUUUAUGUUUUGAAUCAUAUCGAUGAACACGCCAUGACUGUACACGCUGAAAAAAGAAUGCAACGUCUAGAUAAAUCUGAUGACAAAUGUACUGUUUCAUCUACGUUUACUGAAGAUCAAAUUGUAGAACUACCAUCGUAUAAUCAACAUGUCAAUAAUGUAAGAAUAAAUGACAAUACCGCUAAAUAUUCUGAAGCUAUGAUAAAGGAACAACAAAAACGAAGCGAUUGCGAUUCUUCUGUAUUAAACGAUCGAUUACAUUCCUUAGAAUUCAGCAUAUUUGACAUUAAUUCUUUUGACAUUGGUUCAAAUGCAGAAGUAGAUUGCAAUCUGAAAAGCUUCCCAAAAGAAGCUGACGAGAUAACGAACAAUUAUAUAGAUGACUCGGAGCCCAAUUUCUUAAAUAAUAUCCAAAGUGAAACUCUUCUGGAUGAUUUCUUCUGGCAAUCUUCCGAACAGCCCGAUAUUAACUGUGACAAUUUGACCGGUGUACCACUUACGUAUACGGACUAUGAUCUUGCUAUAAUAGAAGCAAAAGACACUUCGCACAAUUUAUUUGGUAAUGACGAAAAUGACACCAAGAUAUUUUACGAUAAAAAUGUGUACAUGUGUACGUCCGAUCGUGAUAAAUGCAUUUAUGUGAAAAAUCACACUGACGAGCACAUUGUAAGUACGAGCGCUGAAAAGGGAAUGCAAUAUCUAAAUAAUUCUAAGGACACAUGCACUGUCUCAACUACAUCUACCGAAGAUCAAUUUGUCGAGUCGUCAUUGGACAGUCAGCGUGUCAAUUCUGAUAAUAAAAGAAAAUGUGACUAUGAAGAUACUCCCAAAUAUUUCGAAGAUACGAUGAAUGGGCAACAAGGAAGAAAUAAUUGCGAUACUUCAAUGUCGAACGAACAGUUACAUUCCUCUGAACUUUAUACUCUGGACUUUUUAGAAAUAGAUUCAAAAGAGGCUAGUGAAAUAAUGAGAACUGAUUGUAUAAAUGACUUUGAAAAUAUCAGUUGCUUACAUAAUAUCCAAACUGAAACUUUGGAUGAUAUAUUAUUGAAUGACACCACUAAUUUCCUACCUCUGAAGCAGUCUCUGUUCGAAUUAGACAAUGUAUAUACGGAUACAUCUUUAAACAAAAAAAAUGUCUUGUGCAAUAAUCAAAAUAACGCUAUUGAUAGUAGUAUAGAUUUGGUAGCCUCUCAUUUAAAUGCUGAUAACACCUUUCUGCGAUUACCAGCAAAAUCUGAUAAAUCUGUCAAUAAAUCGUAAUAAAUUUCACCACACAAUGCCAAA